AUGUUCUUGUUUCUGCAGAGUGACCAGCAGCUGGAUUGUGCCUUGGAUUUGAUGAGGCGCCUGCCUCCGCAGCAGAUAGAGAAGAAUCUCAGUGACCUCAUUGACUUGGUCCCAAGCCUCUGUGAAGAUCUCCUCUCCUCUGUUGAUCAGCCAUUGAAGAUUGCGCGAGAUAAGGUGGUAGGAAAAGACUAUCUAUUGUGCGACUACAACAGAGAUGGAGACUCAUAUAGAUCACCGUGGAGUAACAAAUACGAUCCUCCCCUGGAAGACGGUGCCAUGCCAUCUGCUCGCCUGCGCAAGCUGGAGGUGGAAGCCAACAAUGCCUUUGACCAGUACAGAGACUUGUAUUUUGAAGGUGGAGUCUCCUCUGUCUACCUCUGGGAUCUGGAUCAUGGUUUUGCCGGGGUGAUCCUCAUUAAGAAAGCUGGAGAUGGAUCAAAGAAGAUUAAGGGAUGCUGGGAUUCCAUCCACGUGGUGGAGGUUCAGGAGAAAUCCAGCGGCCGUACUGCUCAUUACAAGCUGACCUCCACAGUGAUGCUGUGGCUGCAGACUAAUAAAACUGGUUCUGGUACCAUGAACCUUGGAGGGAGCCUUACCAGACAG